AUGAGCACGACCGUCACCGUCAUCCGAAAGCGGCCGCACUGCAGCGCCACCAGCGUGCACGAGCAGGAAGCCAUCAAGCUAAUGCCCCCUCCCCCGCCCCUCUUGGUGCCGGUGAUGGAGUCGGAGUGGGAGAGAAAGAGGCGCCAGUCCGAUAUUCGCCGCGCAGAGAACGCGUUUAUGGAGCAGCAAUUGAGGCGGGAGAGGGCGGAGGUGGAGAGGAUCGCGUGCGAGCGGACGCGCAUCGCCAUGGACAACUGCGAGCGAUCGGAGCUGCACGCAUUUCUGGAGGAGCUUCGCGUCUCCGGCAGGGUCUCCGCGGACGAGAUCGUCAAGCGACUCGCCUGCCGCGUCCCAGCCUGA